AUGCCGCCCCAAAAGCGGCAAAGCAGCAAGGGGAAAGCCAAAACAGCGGUUUCCCACACACCCUUGCUAGAUCAAGAGAAUGCGGAGGCCAUUGCUCCAAACGGAGCUGCCUACAAUGUGGAGCUGCUCCAGUCGGCCCAAGAAGCCUUGGGUGCUCUCAAAGAUCUCUGGCCAGGUCUUGCUGAAGAAGCUGCCUUGGGUAUCGGAGAUGGAGGGAAUCAGCAGACUUCUAGCUACCGAUGCGCACAGAACAUCUUGAAGUGUGACAUCUUCUUCAAUGCAGACCCUUCGGUGCCCCUUCGCCAGAAAUCUAUCAACGAGAUUGGUGAGAGGAGCAUCUACCGUGAUAUUGAUGAUGAGUUGAAGCUGGAUCAGUGGAAACGCUACUUUCUGAGUGUCAACUGUGAGUAUGUGAUUGCGAGUUCGGAUGAUGAAAUCUAUUUCCUGAGUGCCAAUGUCCGGCAAAGCUUGAAGGCUGAUCAGGAGACCAUGACUCACACAUGCCUUCAGAAGAUCUUCAGUGUUCUGAACUACAAAGCCCGGCUUGAGAAAAUCACGGGCCCGUUGAGCGUCUUGGUGACGGACGCGUUUGUGGACACUUGCAUCACCCUGUCGCGGAGGGUGCUAUCUGUACCCUCCCUUCUCAACCUUCUUCUUGCUGCUGACGAGGAGGGCCUCAAGGAUGCGUUGAAUGGGAAAGGUUCCGUUGAUGUCUUCGUUGGCCAGAUGGAAUUCAAAGAUCUCUUGUUCAACAAGCAGGUCCCGACCUACAACUGGGAUGAGAAGAUCACGACACUGAUGCGAGAUACGGUCAACUUGCACACAACGUAUCGUGAAUCGGCCGAACUCUUCUGGUCGUUUCUGGAGGACGUAUCUAUGAAUGAUGGGGUUGCUGAUUGGAUGGACAAUACCGAAAUCAUGGCCCGGUUGGAUGCGAUCAAGAAGCAACAUACGGCUGAAGUCAAAGCGUCAAAGAACAAUGACCAGGAGGAAACCGGAGAGGACGACCUGCCAAUCGAGGAUGAUGAUCAAGGGGCCAAGGGUGAGGAUGAGGAAGACGUACUGCCCCAGAUCACCACUCAAAGACCCAAAAGAGGUGGUGCGAAGGAAGCAGUUCAGAAGUUCAAGAAGAAGGCAAGCCAGACAGUGCGAACACAUGUCCGCCUGGUGGUAGAAGAGGACAAUAUGUCAAACAUGACCAAAGCCUUCCAGGGAACAGCCUUUGUAGAUUGGAAGGCUGAGGAUACCAAGACCGUUGGAGAAGCCCAAACACAACCGACACUUCGCCUUCCGCCGUUGCGAGAAGGGCGCCACGCAAAGCUGCUUGGAUCGGCCAUCGGACUGCAAGCCCCCAUCCUGUCCGCCAUCAAGCCCCCAUCCUCGGAGCCGAUGUCGAAGGUCAAACUGGUGAAAUACCUCAUGUGGGACGAGAAGAGCAUCAGAGAGAGGAAACACCGAGACCGAGGCAGUGCAAUCAACCAGAUGGAGCGCAUGAUCGUCGUUACAUCGGAGGAGAUGGGUUGGAGCUUUCACAACAGAGACAAAGAUGAAACGUGGCGCUUGUCGUUGGCCAACAAGAAGCUUCUCUUCGCUGCAAAUCGGAUCGCUGCAACUCUGCUGAUGAAGCGUCUGGAAGCGAUGGUUUUCCAGGCAAUGCAGACCUCUUCCUCGCCGCUGUUUGAGCCUGCGCUGGCUCAGCUGCUGGCAGGGAGUUCCAAGAAGGAGGAGGAAGACGAAGAUGACGGUGAAGACCAAGAGGAAGCAGAGGAGGAAGGCAGUGAGGAUGAGGGUGAGGACGAAGAUGAUGCCUCCAUGGAGGGUGAAGAUGAGGGCCCGGAGGAGGAGGAUGAAGAGGAGCAGGAUGAGGAUGAUGAAGGUGAGCCCAACAAAGGUUCAAAGCGUAAGGCAACGGAAAAGGCCAAGGCGAAGCCGAAGGCGAAAGGAGGUUCGAAGGCAAAAGCCAAACCUAAGGGUAAGGCAAAGGCAAAGGGAAAGGCCUCUGCAAAGAAGAAGGCGGCUGCCAAAGGCAGACCAAAGGCUGGUUCAAAGAAGGCUUCUGAUGUCUUGCAAAAGCUGAGGGAUUUGCAGUCGCUUGCGGGGGUGAAAGGAAAAGUUUACUAUGUCUCUGAGAAGGACCCGAAACUGUUGAAGAGGCUGAGGAAAGUCUACAAGCCCGCGUUGGUGAGUGAUGAUGCAACAAAACCAAAGAGCCCCUAA